CUUUCUCCUUCUUCUUUGACUUCUUAUUUUGGCCUUUGCACUCUCUUUCUCUUUCUUUUUUAUUUAUAAGUUUUUUUUGGGCCUCGCGUGCUUCCUUGUCUCUGUACCCCCAAACCUUUCAAAUCGUUCUUGUAUAAAAACCCUAGACUUACCUCCGACUCGAUCUUUGUCCACCUCCUUCUUCUCCUCUCUCUCUCUUUCCCUCUCUACUUCUGCCUACAUCAUGGACGCAAAGCCUGACUACACAAUCGACUCGGGCAACACAGCAUGGACCUUGAUGUGCGCGACCCUCGUGUUUCUAAUGACGCCUGCACUGGGUCUCUUCUAUGCUGGCCUUGCCAAAGCCAAAAACGCUCUGUCAUUGAUGUACUUGACUAUGCUUUGCGUUGCCGUGGUAUCAUUUCAGUGGUAUUUAAUUGGCUAUUCGCUUACGUUUUCACCUACAGCCAACUUUUUCAUCGGUGAUGCGACCAAUUUUUUGAUGCGUGGUGUAGGCGUCAAACCCGCCUUUGAGGGCCAAACCAUUCCUGCCAUGGUUUUUAUGAUCUUCCAGUCCAUGUUUGCUUGCUUAACGCCUGCACUUGCAUUUGGUGCUGCCGCCGAACGCAUGUCUCUCGGCCCAUCGAUCGUUUUCAUCUUCGUAUGGACCACCCUUGUCUACGACAUCAUUACCUGCUGGGUCUGGAACCCUAACGGCUGGCUUUUCAAGAUGGGUGCCAUGGACUUUGCAGGCGGUGCCACUGUCCACGCUUCCAGCGGCUUGGCUGCUGUUGCAUACGCCAUGGUGCUGGGCAAGCGUCGCGAUUUCAACGAAAACAACAACACCCCACACAACGUCUCGUUCGUCUAUAUUGGCCUUGCCUUGCUCUGGUUCGGCUGGUUCGCAUUCAAUGCUGGCAGUGGUCUUGCUGCUGACGCCAGAGCAGCCAACUCGCUUGUAGCUACCCACUUGGCCGCCUGUGUCGGUGCUGUCGUUUGGGUCGUUAUCGACUGGAUCUACACACGCAAAUGGAGUGUCGUCGGCUUGUGUACCGGUGUCGUUGCCGGCUUGGCCACGGUUACCCCUGGCUCAGGCUUUGUCUCCCCGUCUUCUGCACUUUUGUUUGGCUUGCUCGGCUCGAUUGCUUGCAACUAUGCCGUCCGCUACAAGCACAAGUAUGGCUUUGACGAUGCUCUGGAUGUCUUUACGGUCCAUUACGUUGGCGGUCUCGUCGGUUUGACUUUGACUGGUAUCUUUGCCGAGCGAUACAUCAUUGGCUUGGGCAUGCCUGAGGGAACCCCUCUCGAAGAAAUACAGAUCGGUGGCUGGCUCGAUGGCCACUGGAUGCAAGUCCCUAUCCAACUCGCCAUGAUCGCCGCCGUCUCUGCCUGGUCUUUUAUAGUCACCUAUUUGAUUUUGAUCGUUUUGAACCUGUUCCCCCAAAUGCAGAUCCGUCUGGAUGAGCCUGACGAAGUCGUCGGUAUUGACUGGGCUCAGAUGGGUGAACGCGCUUACGGCUACAUCGAAUGGGAAGAAGAAAUGAUCCGCAUGGCCAGUCGACAUAGCCAGCAUACCGCGCAACAAGAGGAGCUCAAGAAAUCACCAUUCCGCAGCAUUCGUCGCUUGUUAAUGAUCGAUAACCGUACCACUGUCAAGGGCGUGCCAACCUUGAUCGAAGAGCCGGUGUUGGACUACAGCCAACAAAAAGAAAUCCGUAUGAACAAGAUGCCAACAGGCAAUGAUGUUCUGCAGCGCCCUGCAAGCGUAUGCACAACCCGAACAGUCGAGCAGCAUCCACCAUCCAUUGAAGAAAUCAGCCCCGAGCAAGUUGGCCAGAGCAGUAGUGGUACGCUUGCUAACAGCAACAACAGCAACAACAGCAGCAGUAGUAGCAGUGCUGCUGAGGGUGACCCAAAGCAAAAGAGCAGAGCCUAAAUAUCACACAUGUCCAUACUCAUACCACCACCAUUCUCCCUCAACCGCCCUCUUCCUUUUUUUCACACUCAAUCUGCUUUUUAAUUCUCUGUGAAAACAAGACGCUCCUCAUACAACAUUUCUUAGUCAUUAUUCCACCUUUCUACUCUUCAUACUCAUCAUUAUCACUUAACUUGUAAAUUAUUUUGUUUUUGUUUUUGUAACAGUUUUUAUAUUCCUAUUUUAAUUUUUUUUUCGUUACAUUUUCCCCCUUAGAGCAUAUAUAAAAGAGGGAAAAUAAAAUACACAUGUCCAGCCUUUUUUUGAACAAAAUCAAAGAAAAACCAACCGAGUGCCAG